AUGGGAAGCGGUGGUAUAGUGAUAGAUUCCAUAAUUGCGUCUGAAUAUCUGGUGUAUGCGGCGUCCAAUAACUACACCAUCGCAUAUGCGAAUACCACCACAACUUUACAUCCCAAAAAUUAUGUAAAGGAUAGCCAAUUUUGGGAUAUUCGCGCGAUAGCAUUUGCCAUCCUAACUAUAGUGACUUUAUAUCACGUGUUCUCGAGCUGGCUAGCCAAAUGGAUAAAUAUGGCACUGGCCUUUGUGAAGUUAAUAACAUUAUUAUUGAUAUCCUUUAUCGGAUUGGUAAAGAUAAAGGAAAAUCCGAACCGAUUAAGUUGGAACAUUCUGUUCUCGGGAACACCCGGAUGGAGUAAUUUUGGCAAUUAUUGUCAUGCCAUGUUGCAAGUCCUAUUUUCUUACGCGGGGUGGAAUAACCUUAAUUAUUCAUUGGGCGAAAUGGAUAAUCCGUCAUACAGGUUAAAAAUUUCGAAUCCCUUCAGCGUAAUCAUAGUGAGCAUGCUAUCAAUAAUAGAUCCUCAGGAUGGUUACGAUGGAGUUUUUAAAGAGGUCAUGAGUGCAAAACUUGGUGAUGCGAUUCACCUAGGAAGAUUUGUUUCGGUGUUGGUUGCGUUCUCUUCUAUAGGCGCUGUUGGGGCAAUGGUCUGGAGUGGUGCUAGGGUUCUUGCCUCCGCUGCGAAAA